CGGGUAACCUACUGUUAGCAGGUACUUUCUAGCAACACAUAUAUAUGCCAACCGAGUUCUGUCUCCUCCCUCUGUCAUUUCCAGCGACGGUGCUUGCUUCCAUCGACAACUCCUGUAUGGUGAUGGACUUCUGCACAUAAACCUCUUUUUUCUCAAUCCAGCCUAGGAAACCAAGCUGCUUGUUGCUGACAUCAGGCCAACGGGUCAAAUUCUCGUACACGAACAAAAAGAAUCCGGCGAUCUUGUCUGCGCCCACUGCAAAUUGAACCAUGUGGAUUUUGCCGCUAUUAGGAUACUUGGGGGUGAUUACCGGCUUUGCUUUCCUUACUUUAGCUAUUGCAUCGGGGCUGUACUACUUGUCCGAGCUCGUCGAGGAACACACUGUUCUUGCCCGUCGGUUGCUAUUCCGGCUGAUAUACAGCAUCAUCCUUGUCCAGAUUCUUCUUAUCUUAUUUGAUCGAUUCCCUCUCAGCCUUUCAGCGCUCAGUAUCGGCUCUCACCUUGUUUAUGCCAGCAACUUACGUCGAUUUCCACUUGUGAAACUCUCGGACCCCCUUUUCAUCUUGUCAUGUGUCCUCGUAGGGUUGAAUCACUGGCUUUGGUUUCGACAUUUUUCGCAACCAUUGCCUUCGACCCGGAGCCCAACAAGCUGGAGACACCCAUACCAAAUCAGCGCUGAGGAUAUGCCGACCUUCACUGAAGUGGCUUCUUACUUCGGACUAUGCGUCUGGUUGGUGCCUUUUGCUCUGUUUGUCAGCCUUAGUGCCGGGGAAAACGUUUUGCCUAGCAUGGGCUCUGAGUAUGUGACCGGAGAGCACGUUCCUGGCGUUGAAUUCGCUCGUGGUGCUUUAUCAUCCCAUGGCAGGUCUAGAAAUAAGGGGAUGGCGAAGGCAUUGGUGGAUAGUUUCCGGGAUUGGGUACGCGAAAAUGGGGAAUUGAUGGGAUUUCGCAAGGGCGAGCGAUCGAAAAGAUUCUAA